UAUUAUUCUGAGUUUGUGUACCGUCCGAUUUGUCUCUACUUGAGUACACACUCUUUUUAUUCUAUCGACUUGAAUCUUCAUUUCUCACGUCUCAUUGUGUUAUUAUUUUCAUUCUGUUUGUGUCCAGUAAUAGUAGAAAUAUAGAACAUAUAUUGAAGUUGUGUUCGUGAAAUUGAACGUCUGAAAAUGGGUUUGUUUGAUUGGGUGAAAACGAAUAAAUGGCUGGUAUUUUUUUUCUCACUAUCCAUUAUAUUUAUCUUGUGGACUGCCGCCUUGCAGAUACUGUUUUGGUAUGCCCAAGACGAUUUGAAUGAGCUGAGGACAAAAUAUGAUAUAGAACUCCUGAAACAAACUGAUACUGAAUCUACUACUGCAAAAAAAUGGCCUUAUUUUUAUUAUGACAAAACAUCACGCGGCAUGUCUAUGCACCGCCUUAUCGACCAGAUCACACCGGAGAAGUACGACCUCUAUCUCUACCCAAACCUGAAGAAUGGCACCUUCGAAGGAAAGGUUAACAUUACGCUCCAGCUUCAAGACAUCACAACGAUCACCAUGCACAACAAGAACCUGACCAUCAAAAGCGCAAAGUGCGAUCAGUCUCCUUUGGAUUUCUACACGUUUCCCCACGAUGAGCUUAUGGUCAUCCAGAAGGAAGACCAGACAGCCUUCAACAAUGGUUCUACCAUUUUGGAGUUGGAAUUUGAGGGCGUCAUGAAGAACAAGCUGGUGGGUUUGUACCAGAGCACCUAUACGGGAAAGAAAGGAUUGAGAACGAUCGCAACUUCGAAAUUUGAACCCACCUACGCAAGAGAAGCCUUUCCAUGUUUCGAUGAACCUGGUUUGAAAGCGACGUUCAAAGUUCACAUAUGGAAACCAAACGAUUCAGACUAUAUAGCCUUGAGCAACUAUCCAGUGGAAAGCGAAGAAGACCUAAACGGCGGAAAACUUGUCCACUUCAAAGAAACUGUAAAGAUGUCCACAUAUCUCGUAUGUUUCAUCGUUUGCGACUUCAACUACACGGAAACCUUCUUCGAGAACAAUGGUACCAACGUACCUUUCAGGGUAUAUGCAACGCCCCAACAGCUGGAGAAGACAACUUACGCUGGUGAAGUGGGAAAGAAGACUAUUGAGUUCUACAUCAAAUAUUUCGAUAUACCUUACCCUCUACCCAAGUUAGACAUGAUUGCCAUUCCCGACUUCAGUUCUGGUGCCAUGGAGCAUUGGGGAUUGGUCACCUACAGAGAAACAGCUCUCUUGUACACUCCCAAAGAUCAUUCCUCGGAGAAUAAGCAGAGAGUGUUGGUUGUGGUUGCACAUGAACUGGCCCACAGUUGGUUCGGUAAUUUAGUCACCAUGGCCUGGUGGGACAAUCUCUGGUUAAACGAAGGCUUCGCCUCCUACAUAGAAUACAAGGGUGGACAUGCAGCAGAACCAACCUUUGGACUGUUGGAUCAAUUCUUAGUUAGAGAACUGCAUCCGGUUCUGGACCUUGACGCGAAGAUCAGCUCCCAUCCCGUUAUCCAGAACGUUGGCACCCCUGAUCAGAUAACAGAAGUUUUCGACACCAUUUCGUACAAUAAGGGCGCCUGCGUGCUGCGAAUGUUGGAACAAACAGUCGGCGAGGAGAAGUUUAGGAAGGGGGUUACCAACUACCUGAAGAGAUACGAAUACUCCAACGCCGUUACCAAAUACUUGUGGCGCGAGAUACAGAAAGUUGUCGGGGAGUCUAUAGAUGUUCGUGACUUUAUGGAUACCUUCACGAUGCAGAUGGGCUACCCGAUACUUAACGUGACGGUUGAAGGGGACAAGUUAGUACUGGACCAAACCAGGUUCUUGAUCAACCCAGCUGACGCAGACAAGCAGAAACCUUCGCCAUUGAACUACACAUGGACUGUACCAGUUACGUAUAUUACCGAUAAAGGAAAAUCAGAAGGAAUCGUUUGGUUCAAUCAUACCAGCAAAAAUGUGACAAUCGAGAGGCCGAAAGACGCAAAAUGGAUCAAAUUCAAUCCGGACCAAGCGGGAUACUACAGAGUAAACUACCCGAACGCGAUGUGGAAAGAACUGGGUCAACACAUGUUGGAACUGCCGGUCUCCGACCGAACUCAUCUUCUAGAAGAAGCCUUCAGUAUAGCCAGAUCUGGUCAGUUGAGCUACGAGAUCCCGUUGGAACUCACCAAAUACCUCAAAGACGAGACUAACUAUACGCCCUGGGAGGUAGCUUCGUCUAAGCUACUUGAGCUUCUGAAGCUGUUAAAGGCUUCGAGGAAAGAGCAGGAGUUCAAGCAUUACGUCAUCAAGAUCCUCAACCCAAUCUACAAGAAUCUGUCUUGGAUAAUAGGCAAAGAUGACUCCCACCUCAAAAAGUUGACGCGCGUUUUGGUGUUGAAACUUGCCUGUGAAAUCGAAUACGACGCAGCUCUGAAAGAUGCCGCCAAUCAAUUGGACAUCUGGUUCACCACAAGGACAGCCUCACCAGAUUUAAGAGAAAUCAUCUAUAAAUAUGGUAUGAAGAAUGCUGACCUUGACAAGUGGGAGAAGUUGUUCAAGCUAUUCGAAGAGGAGUCUGAUGCCAAUGAGAAGUUGAAGCUUUUAAGGGGGUUGACAGCUGUGAAUAACCCAACACUUUUAUAUAGAUUACUUGACCUUGCCAAAGAUGAAACUUACAUCCGCUCUCAAGAUUAUAUCAAUUUCAUCAUCAUGAUGUCUAGAAAUCCUAUUGGACUUCCUAUAGUAUGGGAUUAUGUCAGGGAAAACUGGGAUGUUCUUAUCAAACGGUUCACGCUGAACAGCAGAUAUUUGGGAGAGAUGAUUCCAGCCAUCACCUCCAGUUUUUCAACCAAUAUCAAGCUAGCAGAGCUGAAUGACUUUAUUGCUGCACAUCCCGAAGGUGGUGCAGGUACAGCAGCUAGAGAAAGAGCUAUAGAGAAUAUCAAGAAUAACAUUCUGUGGUUAUCAAAGUACAAAGACACUGUUGAAAAAUGGAUAUCUGUCAAUAGUUCCUAGAAAAUUGUGUAUAUAUUUGUAAAAUAAAUGUUUCUACUUUUUA